UUGCUAUCGUUCGGACGCUGUCAAACGUAGCCGUUCCGUUUUCUUUUUCAAAUUUUUUUAAGUUUUUCGAUCAAACUUUUAAGUGAGCAGUGUUUCUAUUAUAAUUAUUAUUGAUUGAUUUUUGCUUGUGUUUGGAUUUCUUUAUCGGAUUUCAUUUUUUUGGUAAUAAGCAAUGCAAGGACAGUAAGCCAUGGAUCCUCUCACGUGGGUGUCGUUGGGGCUUCAGGUUGCAGCACUCUGCUCCAUCGUUGGUGCGCUGCUGCUUUACUUGCUUCGGAAGGUGAGGGUUGCCGAGGUACUUCCGGUGGCCAGCGCCAAGACUGUCCUCGUCACGUCCGUCGACUCAGCCUUUGGGUUGCAGAUCGCAACAUACCUGAGCAGUCGCGGCUGGCGCGUCAUAGCUGGCUGUCGCCAGGGCGGCCUCGGAGCUCGUCUCGCUGAGUCCUGGCUCCAGAAUCACAUCGCUUCUACUCCUGAGGAUGUGGCACCACCGCGCCUGGUGACACUCGAGCUGGAUGUCGCCAGAGAAGACCUCUUAGAUGAAGCAGCGAGAGCCAUGGCUCAACACUUACCCGCCGGGGAACAUGGUAUAUGGGCAGUCAUAAAUACAGCGGGAAGUAGCGGCCUUGGCGGCCCGGCGUGUUGGGAGCCGGCAUUACGUGGCAAUGUGCUCGGAGCUUUGCGAGUUGCUAGAACUUUCUCUCCACUGCUAGCUGCAGCCGCUGCUGACCAUCCACACGCGGGUCGCUUAUUCUACAUAGGUCUAACAUCCGAUACAGCAUGCGAGAGCCUCGCCAUCAUGGAUUCAGAGCACGAGAGCAGCGCUGGGGUCGCCGCGGUCCGCUGGGGCACGUGGGGCGCAGCCCGAGCGCUCCGCACCUCACUGAGGCCCCGCGGAAUCCACGUGGUUCUUUUGCACGCGCCUGACCUCUCCGCCGCUGAGAUUUACGCGCCGCCCGUGCAAAUAACUGUCCCUAGUCCAACUGCCAGCCGUCCAGAGACUCCUAGCUCCGACGUCAGCUCCUCUGCAGCAACCUGCGCAGUCACAAUGCCCGGGGAAGCAGCUGAAUACAGCGCCAGGGUGCUCCCCACUGCCGCCCUCAAGCUGAUGGAGGAAGCACUCACGUCAGCGUCUCCGAGAGACUCUUACUAUCUGAAGAUGAAACAGGACUCUUGGUUUACAAGGAUGCCGUCCUUAAGAGCGGCACAAUGAUUGUUAAACUGGCUUAAAACUUUGUAAAUACAAAAUGUUAUUUAUCUACUUAUACUUAGGAUUGUAGGUACUCAUAAUAACUGUACACAUUUUUUAUAAUCUCUAGAAUUAUAUUAUAUUAUUACUCAUCUUACUGGUAAUGUAUUUAACAUCACAAUGUCUUAUAUAAUAUUGUUAUUUCCUUAAUUGCUAAUUAACGACCUGCUUAUCCCAUCGACGGCACGGGAAAGUAGAAGUAAGUACCAAAAUAUAUUGUUAUCUCAAUUAUCGUUCAAAUUUUCAAAUAUAAUUUUGAUACAGGUUGAACGAGUGUAGAAUCGACUUUGUAACAACGAAUACACCCAACGGGUACAUUUUGUACCUAGUCAGUAUACUUGUACUAAUAUAUAUUCUUUGUCAGUAGUUAAUCAACAAAUCUUAUAUAGUUUGCUGUAGCUUUAACAUAAUACACAUUUUAAGGCUCUUAAUAUGGAGGGUAGAGGCAAGGAGAAUCAUCUGUGUAUAUGAAAAUGUGUCCGUCAAAAUGCGUUAAAUUAGGGUGGCUCUACAUUAGCAUCAGGGUAGAUCUUAAAAGAAGCGCUAAAUGUAAAAAAAGUGUGUGUGGACUUAUGUAUGCAGCCAAGAAGUUAUACUUCUUUGACCUAACGAAGCAAUAAUCAUUAAAAUUAUUUAUUUCUCGUGCUAUUCUACGUUUUUCGAAAAAAACAAUUUUGUAAAAUUCUUGCAAUGAUGACUUUGACAAUCAAUAAUUAAUUAAUGAUUACGGCUGUAUGGGCUUGAACCCUUUGCAUGUCCUAAUAAUGGACGAAGACAUCAAAUUUGUACAACUUUUCAAUAAUUAACUAUAUAAUGACAAUGAUAUUAAAAUAUUAACUCAGCAUACUUCAUCUACAAUUCAUACCACACCCUGUGCCUAUACCAGCUCUAUUGUGGAAAGUUUAAGAACUGUUAUUUACAGCAUAAGCUGGACACUUUUUCAACCCAUAUGAGAUGAAUCUCCUUGCCUCUACUCUCCAUAGUUUUUAAUUCAGUUAUUUUACUGCUAUUCUGAUAAGUGCCAUGUUUGUAUCACAAGUCAGGUAGAUACAUAUCUACCUAUAUUAAAUCUUGGCAAUAAAUUAUAAUAUACAUAAAGGUACGAUGUACCAUCUGUGGUACCAUAUCCAUAAUCUACAUUAGCACAAAAUAGCACUAACAAUUCUAUAUUUAAGGCUUUUUAAUAAUAACUGAUGGAAUAUUUAACUAAAUCAGUUGCGGAAUCCAAAAAAUCUACUUGCGGCCUAUUAAAAAUAUUAACGGCUGUUAAAAAGCAAGUUACGAAUUUUCUUCAAAUAAAUUUAAAUCAAUAUCUAAUCAAAUUUAGCUGUGUAAUAUAUAGGUACAUAUCUAAAAAUUUAAUCAUAAUCCAUAAAAAUCAUGUUUAUUGUUUUUUUUCAAGAAUUAUACAAUAUCAAUGUAACUCUGAAAAAUGAAAGAAUGUUAACCUAAAAAUCUUAGGUUGAGUUGGAUCAUAUUAGCUGUUAUAGCUAAAGUUUAAGUUAUAUUUAACGUUAACAGUAACGCUGCACCAUCGUGAAUACCUUGGCAAAGUUCUGAAGUUAAAAAGUGAAAUAAGUCAAUAUCGAAUAUUUAUCUGAAACUUUAAGUGGGUCGCUAUUUGGCUAUUUAACAUUAACAAUAGCUUUAACCGGCAAAGAUUGGACGGUUACGGUUAACAGUUAAGACGUCAUCUAAAUAUUGUUAAUUGGUGCAGCUCAUUUUUUCUUAACCAGUACUUAAAUCAUGUUUGUUAGUUGGUAGAUACAAUUCCAGCUUAAUGUAUUAGACUAUUAUUGUAAAAUGUAUUUAUACAUUUUGUUUCCGGUGAUUUUGUACUAUAAAUUGUACUAUUUGUGACGUAAUUAGAUAUAAGUAUUCAAAUUUAAAGAAUGUUCUUGGUCAGAUAUCGUACUCUCGUUGGUACGUGUUUAAUUAUGAUACCUACCUUGUAAUGUUAAUAAGGCCGCAAAUACUACAGGCCACAAUUUUUGUAUAAUAAAACACACUUAUUUAAAUAUGUUAAUUAUUGUUUUAUUGCGAGUUUGAUAUUGGCAAAUUGUUAACAAUGGACAUUUUUAUAUCAGUCUCCAAUAGCAAACCUUUAUUACAAAAACAGUAACUGAAAUUUUUAUACAAAUCUUAUUAGUUUCUCUGGAGUGUUAUCAACACUCAAGAAAAACUCAUAACAUUUAAUUAUAUAUUUGACAAAUAAGGCCCAAUUUAAUAGAUUUACUUGACUAUUUGACUAGACCUCAAUGAGAACUUCAACUUUUAACUCUAAACGGACUCGGGCGAAUUAAAGUUAUUUACUGUUUAA